UGUGCGGCUGGUGCAAUUACAGAAGAGAAUGUUUGUAUGUGUUUGUUGGUGUGCGCAUCCUUCCAUUGAGAAUAAUUAAUUAACAUGAUGUAAAUUUGCAUUUAAAAUGGAAUUCAAAUAUAACAAUGGAAAUUUAAUUUCAAGUUUCGCGCUUUCCUUCACUGCCUUGGCGGCAUGUUAUGGAAAACAACAACCAGAUUUUGAAUGCAGGAAGAAAUCGGAUGAUGGCGGAGCAAAUGCAGCAAAAGAGACAUCCAACUCUGCAUAUAAUAAAACACUUAAGAAAAAAGCAAAACCAUAGAAAAGACUCUAAUGAAAAAUAUAGAUAUAGAUUCGAAAAUUAGCCAUCAAAAAUAUAUAAGCAAAGAGAAUGUCGAAGUAGAAGUGAAUGACCAACCUGACAGUGCGGCAGGGGGCAGCGAAAUUAUUGCAGGAGCUAGCAUCGGAUCGGAAACUAAAAUACGAGACAAACAAGUGAAUGCAAACACGGAUCAUUCUGUUAUAGAGAUCACCAAACCCACCGCCGGUAGCACUACAACUAGAAAGACACUUUAUGAUGGUCGA